AUGGUUGACGAGACGAGAAAGACCGUGCGUGAGCGCGCGAGCUCGGGCAUGCUGCGUAAAGAGCUGGACAUGCGACUCACAGCGUAUCUGCCUGCUGUCGUGCGACGCCAUCUAGAGAAACAGGACUUGCAACGUCCGCUGAGUAUGCCAACAACACACCGCACGACCGUCGUGAGCAUGUUUGCAGACGUUUCUGGAUUUACUGCUAUGACUGAGUCUCUUGCUGCACGAGGACCUGUGGGUGCAGAGGAUCUUGGAAAGCAUUUAAACUCGUACUUUGAACAGCUGCUUCGCCUUGUAUCAAGUGCUGGUGGAGACGUGUUUAAGUUUGCAGGCGAUGCCAUGCUUAUAUUUUGGCCAGAGAGCAAGGAGGAUACUAUGGAAAACUUACUACGUCGUGCUCUACAAUGUGCCUUAAGAAUUCAAUCGCAUCUUCAUGAAGCGGAGCUUGCGCAAGGUGUAAUUUUGAGUGUAAAAGUGGGUGUUGGUAUCGGCGAGGCCACUAUUGCGCACCUUGGAGGUGAGAGUGACGGAGCCACAGCUCGUAUUGAAUACGUUGCCGUUGGGCCUGCAUUGGAGCAAGCUUUUAGUGCAGAGCAUCAAGCUGAAGCAGGUCAUGUCAUUUGCUCUAACGAGUGUUGGAAAAGAGUCUUUGAUUAUUUUGAGGGCACACCAGUACGAAGCCAGGUCUUAAACAAGGAUCAUAACUUUUACAAAGUCACUUCAGUGCUCAAACCUGUAAAAAUAUGCUCAAGACGACCGUCGUACACGCGUCAUGAUGCACUCUUGCACAUGAGAAUGAAGCAAUAUGUGUCUCGCGCCGUCUGGCCUUAUCUGGACGUACAUGAUGAGUUUUGGGGAUCAGAACUAAGAGAUGUGACGGUAUUAUUUAUCAAUCUCGGCUUCAGUGAGCAGGAUCUUGCUCAAAUGCUCGGUGCAAAGGAAUUGCAGCGACUUCAGGACGCCUUUGCUUGCGUUCAGAAAUGUGUGUACGACUAUGAAGGAACGAUUAACAAAUUUCUAGUGGACGAUAAAGGCAGUACGGUCAUUGCUGCGUUCGGUUUACCUCCCGUCACCCACGAGAACGACCCUAUUCGAGGCAUCAUAGCAUCUCUUGCAAUUUGUGCAGCAUUAGGCAGUCACGGACUCAAAGCGUCCGUAGGCAUCACAACGGGUACGACAUUGUGUGGUGUGGUUGGACACCGCGGCAACCGACGAGAGUACACGGUGUUAGGGGAUAUUGUUAAUCUGUCGGCUCGACUUAUGCAGCGUGCGAAAUCUGAAGGUGGGGGUGUGAUCACGGAUGCAGCGACAAAAAUAUACACGCAAGACGUCCUUCACUUUGAAAAGCGUCCUGAAAUUAUGGUGAAGGGCAAGAACGAGAGCAUCAAGAUUCAUCGACCAUAUCCACGCAUGUCGAUUCUUAUGGAUUAUCACUUGUCGUGCACACUGCAGCGACAAGUCAACUGCACUAACAAAAACCCUGUUGAGGAAAAUUCAGGACGAACAAGACACGCGCAUGCUGUGUCAGUGGUAAGCCGUGUGGUACCGAUUCAAAAUCUUAUGGAAAACAUGCACCGUGUGCAAGUACGUGAUGCCCAGAGACGGCUUUCGCUGCGUGCUGACCGUCAGUGCCUACCGGCUGGAGAACUUGUGGAAAGCAAGAGCUUUGUCGAGGCGCGUGCAGCUCUUCUUGAGAAAUGCUCGCAUUUAAAUGCAUUUUCUCCGGGAGGUGCAUUUAUACUUGAGGGCGAUAUUGGCGUGGGCAAGACGGUCCUUCUACGAUCUGCGCUCGCAAGUCCCGAAGCUGGAGAUUACCAAGUUUUAGUAGGUACAGCCAGUCCCCUGGCCACCAAAAGACCGUAUGCGGUUUGGUCAGAGCUCAUCACCAGAGGUGCAAUGGAGUAUUCGUGUGGCUCAAGCAGGAAGCCAGCAUUUCAACUCUCACUUGUUGAUGGAGUUUUAUUUGACUCGACGAAUGCACAUGGUUCAAGUCGGAUGGCUGAAGCAGUACGCCGAGAAUGCGUCGCACGAUUUGUGAAGCAGAAGAUCAGCGAAGGAGCAUCACCAAACACAACAUUAGUUCGAUAUGCUCACUUGCUCAAUCAAAUUUUGGACACUGACUUUGACGCGUACCCCGACGGCGCGAAUACUAAAAAUGAAGCUGCAGACAGUUUUCGUGCUGUGGCGGGAAGUAACAACAACGGACCUGUUGGUGAUAUUCAAGCUGAUGCUCGAUCCACUUCAAAUCAGAGCGACCAUAAUUACAACGAGGAAGAAAUUCGUGCAAGUGGCUACACGUUUGUCGGAACACCGCACAAAGCGCUUAAUGUUAAGGAAAGUGAGAUCGCGUCUUGGUUUUUGGGUUUGCUCGAAAUGGAUUUGGCUCAAAAAGAAGAAGCCCAAACGCCUUUCAGCGCGGCUCAGUCAGAAGAUAGAGAUGACGAAAGAGUAAGUGGCGAAGAUAUGCAAGAAGCAGCCUGGAGACCUGAUAAUCUUGAUAUAAGUGGUAUUCUUCUUUUGUGUGUGCUCCAUGCAAUGUCACGUGAUCGAGCCACCGUUUUUUGCCUGGAUAGCGCCAUGCACAUGGACGAAAAAUCGUGGGUACUUGUUAUGAUUAUUGCUCAGUAUUUCACGAACUCGAUGGUCGCCAUUGGGACGCGGCCGCCGAGCUUGGCACUUGGUGAAAACACGGCGAGCUGUUCGUUUCGUAAGCAGCUGCAUCUACUUAAGCGCCUCAAGUCUUCGUCAUCAAAAUGCCUCGAUUCGUUCAGCAUUAGCGAAACAGAAGUACUCUCACGGCAUAUUCUUAAUAUUCCUGUGAUUCCAAGCAAUCUGCUCGAUAUCCUUGUCUCGCGUUCCCAAGGGAACCCUUUGUUUCUUCACGAAAUCAUCGCAGAGAUGGAAGAGCAACAAGUCAUUAAGGUGGAUGAAAAGAAAGGCAUCCGCACUUGCGAGCUGCACGUUCAAGAAUCGUGGGGCGAUAAGUCAAAGGCGCAAUUUUGCUUUGCUUGUCAUAUGUGUUUCGGAAUUCCAAAGAAGGAUAAGGAAAAAGCCAAAUUUAAGGUAGACAUGGAUAAGGAGAUAAAUCAGAGCACCGAAAACGAGGGCUUUAAAAAGUCCAAGCAUCGAUGCAGGUGCUGCGGCUACUUCUUCUGUGCCGAGUGUACGCCCAAAGCGUGUCAAGCAAAGAUUCCAGGUAAAUCUAGUGAGUUAGUUCGUCAUUGCCGUACGUGCUACAAUCUUUCAUCAUCACGUCGGCCAAGUGGUUCAUCUCACGGCAUUGAAACUAUAGCGGGAACGUCCCAAGACGUGCGAUCACGCCCAAAGGGUCGCAUUCGCUCCAUUUUUCACGCUGGAAGCAGUGGUGAUAAUCUUACAUUCUCGUUAUCCUCAUCUAUUUCGCCGUCUAAUACUGAGACACUAACCAAUCGAAUCGCGCUACGGCCGCCACGGACUGUGAAAAGCGUACUUACCACCAUGCUUGAUCAGUUGACAUGCUCACAGCGUAUGCUAAUGAAGACAGCGAGUGCCAUUGGACCAGUGUUUGACAUAGAAUUGCUUCGUGGUUCAUGUCCAAUUGAGGCGCAUUUAUCUCGAUUUUCGCGAGAUCUGGAAGACCUCGAACAAUCAGCAAUGAUUCGAAGGAUUGACACUUUUAUUGGCGGUGUGCCAGCAUCAUCCAAGGCAUGUUCAGGACCAGAAGGUACCGUACUGACUACGAGUCAAACAGCUCCACCGAGCACGUACGUAAAAGCAAAGUUUGAGUUCAGUCACGGUUUCAUGCGCAGCGUUAUUCGUGAUCAAUUAUUACGAGGUCAGCUAGACAAGCUAAAUGCGCGAAUUGCAGAUUUUCGCGAGCAGCAGCAGAGACAAUUACGCCAAAAGUUUUUUGAAAAGGCAAACGAGAGCCUUUCUCGCCCUCUACCAUUGUUUAUUCCAGUGUCUUGUGAAGUCGCUGAUGUUCGGCAAGCACUCACCCCAACUGGGGUUGAUAGGAUAAAAUCACGAUCGCCUCUUAUCCAUGAAAGUAGACGACGACGUUUACAUGUCCGCCGCAAUUCCCACUCUGGCGUCCAUCAAAGCAAUGAUGGAAUGGAUGUUUUAUCAAGCUUCUCAUCAGAAGCGGUGGGAGAAGCGCCUCACGAGAAUAAAGACAAAGAGGAGUUUCCGAUGACUGGUCUGGACAGCGUUUUGACUCCUUCUAUUUAUCCGAAAAACAACAAAUUUUGUCACGAACAACUGUCUAGCCGACAAGCAACAUUUCUACGUUUGAAAUCGGAUCGCGUGUUGGUUAAAAAGUAUUGCAGCAUGUUUUCUCUUUUAAAGGUGAAAGGGCUGAAAAAACACCGACAGUGGAAGACGCGAUAUGCUGUUUUAGAGAGCAACCGCCUGCUUUUGCAAUACGAAGACGAAGAUCCUGUCGACGCGAUUGCGGGUAGAAUAACAUCGCUACAGCCAGGAGUCCGACAGGGCACAAUAUUAUCGUUGAAGAGUGCCACAGUGAGCGCAUGUGACCCUGAGGUGGCGGCCAAAGUUAAUUGCUUUCAAAUCCAGGUCUCGGACUGGACAAAGAAAGGCAAAAUCUUUGAAAACCAAAGACGAUCUUUUAUUAUUGGGGUUGAGAGCAAGGAGGAGGUUGAAAACUGGGUCUUUAUGAUUCGCUUCGCGAUUGAAUCGCUUGAGGUGAAACAGUAA